AUGAAUCUCUUCGAUAAUACAUAUCACGCUCUUGUUUAUGAUCUUGGAUCAGCAAUGUUCCGUGCUGGCUUUGCUGGCUCGGCAUAUCCAGAAAUUAGUGUUAUUUCGGCAGGAAUGGUCAAGGAAGAAGGAAGUAAAGAAUUUUUGAUCGGAGAUGACAAUAUUCUUUCAAAAAGAUUACACAACGAAAUAAUUCCGCUUGUAGAUGAAUCUGGAUUAAUUUCUAACCCAGAUAUUUUAAGUUCAUUUUUACAAUAUACUCAUCAACGCUUAAAUGAGGACGAUCCGCAUUCCAUGUCCGCUAUUUUCACUCAACCUGCGCAUAUGAUCGUUGAUAGUGAUUUUGCAAAAACAUGGCGUACAAAUAUUGCUCAAACAGCCUUCGAAACAAUGGAUUACGCUAAUAUUUGUAUUACUUCAGAUGCAUUACUCGGUGCCUAUGCUCAUUGUUAUCAUACUGCUACUGUUAUUGAUUUUGGAUGGUCAAGUAUCAGAGUUGUUCCAGUUGUAGAAGGAAAACCAUUACUUGGAUGUGUGAGAUACCAUAUUUGUGGUGGAAUGGUCCUAUCACAAAUGCUCGUUGACCGUUUGAAAUCUCGAGAUAUUCAUGUUUUAGAUUUUUCAAGAGGAAAGAAUACGAAACAGCAAAGUUCUUACAUCGAGCGUAGAACAAGUGCUGAUAUUCUCAAGCAAACAUGUUACUUCCAUACAGGAGAAAUCGAAGAUGAAACUGAAAACAUUGCUUCAAUCAAUGGACAACUUGUUGAUGUCAAAAAUGAUAUGAACUUCUUGUCCGGUAUCAUGUGGAACAAAUUGGACGCUGAUCAGGAAGAAAACGGUUCAUCAGAUAUUCUUCCUCUCAAUUCCUUGAUAGAAGAUGCUAUUUACAAUGCCCCUGAUCAGUACAAGAAGGCCCUUUGGUCGAAUAUCGUUACAUGUGGAGGAUUUUCCACAAUUGAAGGUUUCCAAGCCAAAAUUUUGGACGCCUUCAAAUACGAUAAGACAUUCAAUAGAAAAGUUCACUUUCCAAUGCAUGAAAUCGUUGCUGGCGACUUUUGCGUUUGGACUGGCGGAUCUAUCCUUUCUUCUUCACCUGUGUUCGAUAGAUACUUGGUCUCGAAGGCUGAUUAUGCUGAUUAUGGUGAAGAAUUGCUCAAGAUCAAAUGUGAACCAUCACAUGAAUAA